CACUGUUCCCACGCCAACUUUUCACCUCCGUGAACCUGCGAAUGGAUGUGCGCUUCACUAAUGACAAGGACUUCAAGAGCUGAACCUCCUUGGCUGCCUUAAUAACUCCGAGAGCGCUGGUUUGUGCUCGCAGUCAGUUACAGAGUUCGUUCCUCUCGGAUGUUUUCUGCUUGGUGAUUUGUGUCCGGUUUAUGUUUGCUCAACGGGACUAGUGUUCGCGAACGAUGAGGCUGCUCUGCUGGAGCGUUCUGCUGUUCAUCCAAUGGAUUCUGAGAAAGGUGCACGGCUUGGAGAAACAGGUGGGCAGAUCUCUGGAUUACCUGGAGCAGGGACCAUCCGGCACAGUCUUCAAGAGCCUCCCAUACGGCGUUCCCGCUCCGUCAGGCGGCGUCAAACCUCCACAGCAGACCUCCAGGAUAUACUCCACGCCGGACCACACGCCCUCGAAGCCCAAACCACCCACCUUCAGCUUCCAGAACCCCUACGAAUGGAUGCGAAACCAGUCGCAGCUCCUGGACCAAACGGGCUACCGUCCCAAACGCAAGCCCUCCCUCAAAACCUCCAUGAAGACUAAAAAGAUCUUCGGCUGGGGCGACUUCUACUUCAACGUCAAGACGCUCAAGUUCACCCUUCUGGUGACGGGGAAGAUCGUGGACCACAUCAACGGGACGUUUACAGUCUACUUCCGGCACAACUCCUCCAGUCUCGGGAACAUUUCGGUGAGCAUCGUUCCUCCGUCCAAAAUCGUUGAGUUCGAGGUUCUCCAGAACCCUCUUCACUCUGAGAUCCAGUUCCACCAGCCGCACCAAUCCACCAUCGACCCCAAAGACGUCAAAACCUUCAACUGUCGCGUCGAGUAUGAGAAGACGGAUCGCUCCAAGAAGCCCAAACCCUGCCUUUACGAUCCAUCCCAGACCUGCUUCACUGAAAACACCCAGUCGCACUCAUCCUGGCUCUGCGCCAAACCCUUCAAAGUCAUCUGCAUCUUCAUCUCCUUCUUCAGCAUCGACUACAAGCUAGUGCAGAAGGUCUGUCCGGACUACAACUUUCAGAGCGAGCAUCCGUAUUUCGGAUGAGGCAUUUAUCAUCCGUGUUUUAUUUGUA